AUGAGAUUAAGAUUAGUUUGCAAGCAUUUGUUUAGCACCUCUUAGAAGGUUCCCCCAAAACCUUCAAGUAUCAUGGGUGCCCAGCUUUCCCAAAAAUAGAUGGAUGAAUUAAUGAACCCAUUAGGAUUUUUAAAAGAAAAUGAGAAAGGCGAAGUGCAAGAAUAAAUAGAGAAGGCAAAGGAAUUGAAGGAGUUGAUUCAGAAAUACAAGAUAACUAAGAGCCAAUAGAGCGGAGAGCAAGCCAAGCCAUAUGAAUUGGAUAAAAAUGGGAUGCCACCUGAGGUAGGAUUCAAAGUUAAGGGCCCAGAACCAACUAGAUAUGGAGAUUGGAUUGGAAGGGGAAGAGUAACAGAUUUUUGA